UUAUUUUACAGCAUAAUGUUGUUGUCAUUUUUCAAUUUCUGGCUGAGAUAAUUGCUGAGGUCUUCAGAGGUUGUAGAUUUGAAGAUUCCUAUAGAAGAUACUUCAGUAACAUCAGCAUUUGCUGCAACUCAAGCACAUGCUCUACAGAUGUGACAUUCUUUGCUUUGGAACCCAAUGGACGAUGGAGAGUUCUUGUUCUUCCACAGCAAUAUCUUUACCGUGAGAUCUGUUGGAGAUCACCUCAAUCAAAUGUAAAUAGCUUGCAAGUUGGUUCUUUGUUGCCAUUAACUUCUCUCUUCUUUGGUAGACAGAAGCUUCAAAGAGUUACAUAUAUUGACUCUAGUCUUGAAUCAGUAUCGCCUAGCAGCUCUCUACACCAUGAAGGUGCUUUGAGCAAUCUAAACGAAGGGAACAUGUUAUCAAUCACGUCUUCUGGUCAAAAUCCAAUCACCGAAUGUGAAUUUCCUGGAACCAUCUCCCACGGAUCUGAUGCUACUAAUGUAGAAAAUAUGUGCAUUCAUGACUCUAAGGAAGAUAGAUCCACAGACAAAUACUCAAGGAAGAAACCUAGAAAGAAGGGGAAGAGGAACAAAACUCUCAAGUGCGGUAAUGGCCAAAAUGAGCUGCAAUCUGCACUUGGAUGUUCAAUAACUCAAGCUGUGAUACAUAAUAUACAACAUAGAUCAAUUAGUUCUUCUGCUAAUAUUUGUAACUCUUUGAUGAACGAUGCCAGACCAGAGGUUUCUUCUAAUGGAGACAUCUUAAACAGCGCAGAGCGUGACAGAUCGGGUCAAAUUGAGGAGCUUGAUGAGAGGAAAAAGUGUUCAAAGCAGCAUGUUGGAAAUCUUUACGGAACAGAAAAGAGGGUCAAUAAGUACUUUAGAUCUAGAGUUCCCAAAGACUCAAAUGUCUACGCAAGUAGUAAUGGGAACCAGAAUAGCCAUGCGAGGAAGGAAAAUUAUCAGUGUAUUUGGAAAAGGGUUCAGAAGAAUGAUGCCGAUGUAAGCAACUGUGACUCGGAAAAGUUAAACCUAGCUUUCUCACAGUUUGAUGACAGGUUGGAAAAGAAUACAUUGAAAAAAAAGUUUCCUAAUCCUGUUGAUUCCAUCAUAUUAUCACAAUCAGCACAUGAAAAUCAGGAAAAGCUGAAAGUUCCUAAAAGCGCCAGAAGAAAUAAGUGUCCAGGCUCACUGCAGGAGAAUGAAAGUCAAUGUCAAAAAGGAUCUCCAGUUAACGGAGCCAGUUCAACUGCUUGCUCGAAGACUAACAUGCAAUCAGAUGGUGUAUUUGGUCCAGCUAAUCAAAUAGCUACGGAAAAAAGAUCAAUAAAUGCGGCAGAUGCUCAAACUAGAACAAGUUCUUUUAGGGCUAGAUACAAGAAAAGGAAUGUUCAAUAUGUUCCUUUUAAACCAAUCCCGAAUCCUAAAGCUUGUACCCGUAACUUGGAAGCAAAAGAGAAUGUCCCAAUUGUUGUAUCCAGCAUGGAUGAUCAAAUGGUUGAACAUCAAUUUUUGUUACCUAGAUCAGAGAAGUUCAACGGCCUAACAGAGCAGCAGGGGGAGCUUCUUGCUGCGGAUGGAGAGGAUGACAAAACGGACAAAGAAGUUUCUCCUUCUGUCCUUCGAGCUGUCUCAGAAUCCUGGAUGCACCAAGAGCCUAAAGAUUCUGAGCUACCAAAUUGUUUGUCAGUAGGGACGCUUGUUGAACCAGAAAGAUGGACCUCCAUAAAUGCCACACAGGAGCAACUGGCUUCUCUAUGUCUAGCUCCUGUUCCUUCAUCAGGUCAAAAUGUUGGUCACAGUCUUGAAAAUGAUUGGAGAAACAUUGCUCGGGCAGUGAAUGAUGCCCAUAGGUCACAGCUAGCCUCUAAAGCCAUUGAGAUAGGUAAGGGCUAUCCUGCUGCUGAAUUUGAGAAACUUCUUCAUUCUGCCUCUCCAGCUAUAUGCCCAUCUGCUAGUAUUCAGACUUGUCAAGUGUGCUCCCGUAGUCAAGCUACUAAUGCAUCUCUAUGCAGACAUGAGAUACCCAAUGUCUCUUUGAAGAACUUGUGGCAGUGGUAUGAGAAACAGGGGAGCUAUGGUUUAGAAGUAAAAGCAGAGGACCACGGAGAUGCAAGACAAUGUGGGAGGGAUCAUUUCGAGUUUCGUGCAUAUUUUGUUCCAUAUUUGUCAGCCAUUCAGCUCUUCAAGGACCAUAGGUCUCAUACAAUGCAUAAUGAUUAUAAAGUAUCUGAGAGUUCACCUAAUGUAGAACUGCGCUCAAUAUUUUCUGUACUUGUACCUCAACCUUCAAGCUCUUUACUACAGAAAAGCAGUCUCUCUGACUCAGGGUCAUCUUCAGGGUGCAGUAAUGGUGAUUUACAUCAUCUAACAGAUGAAUUUAAGCUGUCUGAUGAUAUGGAGCUUCUCUUUGAAUAUUUCGAAUCCGAGCAGCCUCAAAGGCGGCGACCGUUGUUUGAAACAAUACAGCAACUUGUCUCUGGUGAUGGACUCUCAAACUGUAGAUCACAUGGAGAUCCAUCUAUCCUACAUACAGUGAGCUUACAUGACCUACAUCCUCAUUCCUGGUUUUCGGUUGCAUGGUACCCCAUUUAUAGGAUACCCGACGGCAAUUUGCGUGCUGCUUUCUUGACUUAUCAUUCACUUGGUCAUUUUAUUCACAAAGACCAGACACUAAAAGCCCACAGUGUAGAUGCCUGUGUAGUUUCUCCAAUCGUAGGCCUCCAAAGCUACAACGCUCAGGGUGAAUGCUGGUUUCAGCCAAGGCAAUCUGCUGACAACCUGACAGAACAAUCCUUGGAUACGGACCUUCAUACAGUUCUGAGAGAUCGACUAAGAACAUUGGAGCAGACAGCAUCUAUUAUGUCACGAGCUGUUACAAAGAUUGGAAAUGACACGCUCGUGAACAAACAUCCUGAUUAUGAGUUUUUCCUAUCCAGGCGAUGCUAAUUGCUUCUGAUCCUUGUAUUUUCUGUUUGUAAGUUGGUACUCUCUGUAUAUAGCUUAGCGUACUGAUAGGGUCCCCUUUGCAGGAUUGAAAGUAGUGCUGACUGGUUACAGUUAGAACUUAUCGGUGCUUCUUCUUUUAAGUUCUGAAGUUUGAUAUUUGUAGCUUAGAGUUUCGUAAUUCAGCUGAUGUACAUAUUUAGACUUUUGUCUAGUUGGAAUCAAAGAAUGCCGCGUGUAUGAGAUGAUUUUUACGGAUAUAAAGUCAGUACGGUAUUAUUUUUGUGUCUUAA